GGCAGGAAUACAAACCUCUUGGCGUCUGGGCGAAGCAGAUCUGCGCUCCGGCGCUGGAAGAAGGGGACCCCAGGAAGCAGCAGGCUCUUGAGACAUGUGAAGUUCGGUAUGCCCCCGCAUUGCUUUGCCUGCUACUGAAAUGCAGCUACCUCUGGGUUGAACUGCUCAUCCCCUCCAGUAAAGACAGAAGGUCCUCUGCUUUCUUUUGAUGCCAUACGUAUAUACACUUUCUUUCAGUUCUCGCUUCCUGCUGAUGUCCCUGCUGAGCCCUACAUGGCCCCAGAGAGACAAAGCUCCCUGCAGUGGGACAUUUGCUGGCCUCACACCCACCUCCUCUUCGGACAGUGACUCCGGCUGCGCCCUGGAAGAGUACCUGGAAGCCACAGCAGACGCUGCCCCAGCAGAGGUAUCUUUGGGCUUCGAGGCUCCCUCAGCAGACACGGUACCUGCUGCCAUCAGGAGCCAGCUCCGCAUCAAAUCUCUCCUUCAGCAGCUGCCCCCGCAGGACUGCAAUGACAGGUACUGCCCUGGCCUUGGGGAGGAGGAGAGGAGACAACUGCAAGCGUUCAGUGCCCGUCGCAGGCAGGAGUCACUGGGGCAGGGAUUUGCAUGCCUUGUGCCCUCUGCCUGCCUUUGUGAAAAGUGCGGCAGGAGGUUGAACACAGGGGACCUUGGGGUUUUUGCAUCCAGGCUGGGGGACCGGUCCUGCUGGCAUCCCUCCUGCUUUGUCUGCCACUCCUGCCACCAGCCUCUGGUUGACCUGAUCUACUUCCACCAGGAUGGGAAGAUCUACUGCGGCCGACACCACGCGGAGUUCUUCCGGCCACGCUGCUCUGCAUGUGAUCAGCUGAUCUUCACAGAUGAGUGCACGGAGGCAGAGGGCAGGCGCUGGCACACGGAGCACUUCUGCUGCCUAGAGUGCGACCUGCCUCUUGGGGGGCAGAGGUACGUCAUGAAGGGCGGCAGACUCUGCUGCUGCAGCUGCUUCGAGAGCCUCUACGCGGAGCUCUGCCAGGCCUGUGGUGAGCUCAUUGGUGUCGACAGCGAGCAGGCCACUCACCAAGGCCGGCACUGGCACGCCCGGGCCUCUUGCUUCUGCUGCAGCCUCUGCCAGAAACCGCUGCUAGGACAGCCGGUCACGUCCCAUCACAGCCUCCUCUACUGCUCCGAGGCCUGCAGCUUGGAGAAGGCGGCGGCAUCCUCCACAGCCUCGGACUCAUCCGACUCCGCCUUCGUCUCGGCUCCGUCUCCCGACUCAACGCUCAUCUCCAGGGCCAGCAGUGAGGGCGGCAGGAAUGUCCCGGGGCCAGGGAGCGCCCCUCCAGCUCCAACAAUGGGUGGUGAUUCCUGUCAACAGAGGGCAGAGGUGGAGGAGAUGGAGGACUCCCCUGAUCAAGCCUCCACGUGCCCCACAUUCAGAAGCCAGGAUGGCCACAGGACAGCAUUUAAGGAGGGGAGUAAGGGAACUCCCUACCCCAGUGCGCUGGCACAGGCAGAUGCCGCCCCGACAGGGCAGGAACAAUCCUCCACCACCCUGCCCAGUGAACUGGGUUUGAAUGGACCUGGGGCCUUGGGUGACCAGCUCCCAGGGAGGCUCAGGCCUCAGCCAGGCGGUGGAGCCCUGCACUUUAGAAUCGGUUCAUCCACCAACCCCAAUGUGGCUACACGACAGAGCCCGGUCCCAUCGCUCACGGACACCCGCCCACCAGACGUCAUGGAGGAAGAAGAUUCCUGGUGCCCGACCUGCUCUUCCUCCUCAGACUCGGAGCCAGAGGGUUUCUUCUUUGGGAAACCGAUCCCAAAGGCUGUGCCAGCCCUCCCUAGCAGGGAACAGAGUGGCCUUGGCAGAGCGGCAGGAAGGAGCAAGCACUUGGCCAGGCUGCGAAGCAGUCGCAAACACUGCAGCAUUUCCUAGCAGGGGGAAGGCUGGGCAAAGAGCAAGGGGUCCCAGGCAGCAUGGAAAGGACAGAAAGGGGGUGGACGGCGGGAGGAAGAACUCGUUACUUAGCCAAGUGUAUUUAACCAGAGGGUCCGCCCCAGCAGACAAGCCAGGGGACGAGUAGUAGCCCCAUGGUGAAGAACAGGUACAGCAAGCGGGGAGGGGAAGGCAGACAGCCCUCAGAGGGCACAGACAUCCCCUCUCUUACCUCACACCCAGACAUGGGAAAAGACAAACCAGCCAGCCGUUUGUUCUCCAGAGCCCGUUUUACUGUGAAACUCAGAGAGGGGUUGUUUACACAGCAAGGCUGCCGACAAUCCAAAUCUCUCCACUGUCCUAUCCUAGGUUUUUGCCAGCACUGGAGAGCUCAGAGGGGCAGGACACAGGCGGCAGAGUUUGGCUGCUCCGCCAAAGGGGAACUCUUGCUCUCAGGACCUCCCUGCUGAGAAUCCCGUUCAGAUAGGAGUGGCCUGGCCCUUUCGCCAGCCCACCGGGACCGAUCGAAGAUGGACACUGGCUCCUUCAGCUCAGGGCCGGGUGCAGCUUUCUCAUCUGCAGUGAAAGCUCUGAAGGAGGAUGACUGGACUUUGGAGAGGGAAGGAGGGUUUUGAAAUCCCAGAACCAAACUGUAAGCAGCGAAGCGCCCCCAGGCUGGGAGCGGUGGGGGGCAGACGGUGAAUGUGCCAGGGGAUUCCAGAGAUCAGUUCCUACACUUCACCAAUAAAGUUCAACAUGGACUGAAA